AUGGAUAGAGUACUCGUCAAACCGAGAAGCUCAGAAUGUCGUCUGAAGACAGCACUUUGUGUGAAAACAAUGCAGAUUAGUCAGAAUACAGACGGCACUCCAAAAGUAUUAUCCAUUCAUCGGGAAUGUUUCGAACUUGAGCCGCCGCAAGCAUAUAGAGAAGGGAGAGGAUGUGUUGACUCGUAUGACGAUGAUGAUCCGAUUUCCAGAAGACUCGGUUGGUUGACUGAGGGAAUAACAAGUUGUUUGUUGAACUGUUAA